AUGCAGGUGUAUGUAGUGUAUAUGGGGUCACUUCCAGAGAGCGAAUACUCGCCAUCAUCUCACCACCUCAGUUUGCUUCAAGAAGUUGUUCAGGACAGGUUGAGAUAUUUCUCAGUUUUCAAGAUUAGUAGUUCUUCAACGAUUCUUGUAACUUUCGUCUUUCGCAUGUUUCUCUCUGCAGCUCUUUUGAAAAUUUCUUUGUCAGAAGUUACAAAAGGAGUUUCAACGGAUUUUCCGCGAAACUCACCAGGUAAUUCUAUUAAUUCUUUCACUCUAAAUGGAACACAGUUUCCUCUGGUAUAUGGUAAGGGUGUAUCAAGCACUUGCAAUGAUAGUGAAGCAAGACUUUGCGACCCUGAUUGUUUAGACAGUGCUUUAGUGAAGGGAAAGAUUCUACUGUGUGAUGCAACUUAUGGACGAAGUGCGGCUAAAAGACUUGGAUCUCUUGGCAUGAUCAUGUUAAAUUCUGAGGAUGAUCUUUCCUUUCUCUUAUCUUCGCCUGCAUUGGGUUUAACCGAAGACAAAUAUAAUGCCGUCAAGUCAUAUAUUAAUUCCACCACGAAACCUUCAGCAAACAUAUUAAAAAGUGAAGCCAUUAAGAAUCCUAUUGCACCUGAAGUUGCUUCCUUCUCUUCGCGUGGCCCAAAUGCCAUCAUAUCAGAUAUUUUGAAGCCAGAUGUUAGUGCCCCAGGCGUAGAGAUCUUGGCUGCAUAUCCACCUGUUCUUUCACUUACAGACGACACUGAAGACAAGAGGCGUGCUAAGUACACUAUAAUGUCUGGAACCUCAAUGGCUUGCCCCCAUGCUGCUGGUGUAGCAGCUUACGUUAAAGCAUCUCACCCUGAUUGGUCUCCUUCAGCUAUUAAAUCUGCUAUUAUGACUACUGCUUGGCCCAUGAAUGUUACCAAAAGAUCAGAGGGGGAAUUUGCUUUUGGAUCUGGGCAUGCAUAUCCAGUAAAAGCCAUUAACCCUGGACUUGUUUAUGAAGCACAAAAAAGUGACUACAUACAAUUGCUCUGUAGCUUGGGAUAUACUGAAGACCAACUUCGACAAAUCUCAGGAGACAACAGCAGCUGUAGUAAUGCCACUAAUAACAAAACCUUGCCAAGGGAUUUGAAUUACCCUUCAAUGUCAGCUAAAGUUGCAGUGCAAGAGUCCUUCACAAUUAAAUUUCAUAGAGCAGUUACGAAUGUUGGCAUUGCAAAUUCCCAAUACAAGGCGGAAAUCUUCUCAGAUUCUUCCCUCAAGAUCAAAGUUGUGCCUGAAGUUCUCUCCUUUAAGUCCUUAAAUGAGAAGAAGUCCUUCGAUGUGACCGUUGUUGGUGGAAAUUUAAAAGCUGGCACUACUUUUUCUGCAUCUUUGGUGUGGUCUGAUGGUUCUCACAAGGUGAGGAGUCCAAUUGUUGUUUACGCAUGGAAUGACAUUACAACUUCAUCAGCUUAUGAUUAA